GGGUCGUUCUCGCCGUUCCCUCCGCAGCCGAUACCGCCCGCGCUCGCUCCCGCCCCCGGCGCGACGCCCGCUUCUGGGAACGGGGCGGCGGCGGCGUUUGCCCGCGGCGAGCGGGGGGCGGCAGCGCCCGGCGGGGCUGGGGAGGACCAGCAGGAACGGGGUCUCCUCUGCUUUCCUCACCGCCGGUUUCGAGAGGCGGCGGCGGCCGGGGGAAGCUAGCCCGGGGCGUCCUCGGCUGCGGGCCCCGGCAGCGGGGCGGCCCCGCCCCGAGGCAGAACGAUGCCGGUGAAGAAGAAGAGGAAGUCCUCGGGGGCGGCGGCGGCGGCGGACGACACCGGCCUCAAGAAAUGUAAACUCGGCAGAUCACAAGCAUCUGGUAAAGUAAUAAGCGGAGAGGAACAUUUUUCAAGCAAGAAGUGCCUGGCUUGGUUUUAUGAAUAUGCAGGUCCUGAUGAAGUUGUAGGCCCUGAAGGAAUGGAAAAAUUCUGUGAAGACAUCGGUGUUGAACCUGAAAAUAUUAUUAUGCUAGUUUUAGCCUGGAAACUAGAGGCUGAAAGCAUGGGAUUUUUUACCAAGGAAGAAUGGUUAAAAGGAAUGACCUCAUUACAGUGUGACUGUACAGAAAAAUUACAGAGUAAAUUUGACUUCUUACGGUCACAGUUGAAUGACAUUUCAUCCUUUAAGAAUAUCUACAGAUACGCCUUUGAUUUUGCAAGGGAAAAAGACCAGCGAAGUCUUGAUAUUGAUACUGCAAAGUCCAUGUUAGCUCUUCUGCUUGGAAGAACUUGGCCACUGUUUUCAGUAUUUUACCAAUACCUGGAGCAAUCGAAGUAUAGAGUCAUGAACAAGGAUCAGUGGUACAAUGUACUAGAGUUCAGCAGGACUGUCCAUGCAGAUCUUAGCAACUAUGAUGAAGAUGGUGCAUGGCCCGUACUUCUGGAUGAAUUUGUUGAAUGGCAGAAAGUUCGUCAAGCGUCAUAGCAAGAAUUCAAAAGAAAAUGCAGAAGUUUUUUUUGGUGCCCGCCUGUACACAAAGUAAUGAGAAAAACAAAGGAUUGCAUUUUCAUUCAUAAGAAAGACUUUACAGUAAUUUUUUUCCUUUUUUAAGGAGACUUUCUUGUUACAUGUGAUAUGGGCAUUGAACCACACCUCUUCUGAGACUGAAAGUUGGAGUUCUUGUUUUGAGUCUUAUGUUUAUAGCAUUUAUUUCAGAACAAUAAAGAUUCAGAUUUGUGACAAAGGC